CAACAUGACGGUCAAAUAGGCAACAUCCAUGUUUCGGAAGAUCUUCUGCCUUGCAAGAAGACACAUAUCAUUGUGUGCGAACAUGACUGAUGUACGCGGGCGGUUCUUUGUCAAUCAGUUUCCUGAUUACGACACAGGCUCAAUCGUGACGAUUGACGAGUCCCGAUGGAGUGACGCAGUCCGGUCCCUGGCGGAUGAGGUUUAUGAAAACAUGAAGCCCGAACCGGACAACUCGGGCGGUGGACUGUAUGUUGGCAAUGCCGGGCUGGCGUACAUGUUCUACUAUCUAUCAAAAAUCAAACAUCUGUCAGCUAAGAGGGAGAAAUACCUCGAGAAAGCUAUGGAGUAUUUAGAACAAGCCAUUGCCCACAUAAACAGCAAGUCGUGUCGCGAUCCCGUUACGUCGUUUAUCAUUGGCAAGACGGGAGUUUAUGCGGUCGGUAGCGUUAUAUUAAAUGAAAUAGGCAGUGAUAAGUCUUCCAAAAUGGCAGUCCAGUUUGCUCAGGUGGCUAACGUGUGUAAAACUGCCGGAGAUUUCCUAGGCUGUGGGUCUGAUGAGUUAUUUAUCGGUCGUGCCGGGUAUCUGUGCGGAGUGCUGUUUCUGCAUAAAGCCUUGGGUCGAAAGGUUGUCGGGGACAAAGACAUCCAUGGCGUUUGCGCGGCUAUUGUCAAGUCCGGGAGAGAUUAUGCCAAGACACACCACUCACCAUGUCCUCUUAUGUACGCCUACUACAAAGCUGAAUGUCUAGGUGCCGCCCACGGCCUGUCCUCCAUUCUCCAAAUGCUGCUGUCUUUCCCUGACUAUCUCCAAUCGGACCCGGCCACAGAGGCUGAUGUCAAGGCAUCCGUGGACUUCAUGUUGAGUCUAGAACAGCCGAACUUUAACUAUGCCCUUGCCAUGGACGAGGUUGGCGCCCCGAGGAGUGAGGCUGAUCAGCUGGUACAUUGGUGUCACGGGGCUCCCGGUAUUAUACUGUUUGGCCGAGCGUACGUCUUGUGGAAGGAGGAGAGAUUCCUGGAGGCUUGUGUAAGGUGUGGGGAGAUCACCUGGAAGUGUGGCCUGCUGAGGAAGGGACCCGGCAUCUGCCACGGCGUGGCCGGUAAUGGUUACGUCUUCCUUCUCCUGUUUCGUCUUACCAAAGAUCCCAAGUAUCUGUAUAGAGCACAGAAGUUCGCCGAGUUCAUAUUCACGCCAGAUUUCAAGUCCGGUGCCCGGCGUCCGGACACACCGUACAGUCUGUAUGAAGGAUGGGCCGGAACGGCUUGCUUUCUGGGGGACCUACUACAGCCAGACAAAGCAGAAUUUCCCUUUUUUGAUGUCUUAUAGAGAGUUGCCACCGGCCUGCGGAUGUCACGCAAAGCAGUCGGAGUAUGGACAUGUGAUCCAACCAUCACGAAGUUGGCAGCACAAGCAUCAUGGAUUAAUAAUGAAAUGAGGACUGAACAUGGCAUGUAAAUAGUUAUAUGGCAUAUUCAGUCAUGAUUUUAUUUUCAAUCCAGUGACCGUUGCUUGUGGUUGGAUGUCGUUGGUAUGAUAUCCUCGUUUGUCUCGGCUUAGGAAAGAGCUUUACCACUGUUUUGCAAGACGGACUUCAUAAAUCUUUUUGCCAUCUUUAACAUUCCGUUUUAGCCAUUGCUUUGUUUUAUUGUUGAGAUGAAAGUUUAGUGCUUUGAUUUACAAAUACAUUGAUCAUUUAUACGUUACAGAUAAUUUAUAUUGCAUUUUCCCACAUAUUAUUUAUGUGUUUACAAACCAACUCAAAUUUGCAUUAAAUUUACUUUUUUAUCUUUUUGUCCCAUGUUGUUUCAGUUUGCAAAGAAGUUUUUUAAAUGGGUUAGAGGCAAAUUAGACCGAGCCAUAUUGGCUAUAGCAACGUUUGUUAUCCAUAUGAAAUGUGUUCUGUAUCAAAUUAGCGAUAACAGUUUGAUUUUAUACCAUGUAUGUAGCCCUGCAGGGUGUAGUGUAAUAAAGCACGUGUUAGUACAUGUACCUGUACUCCGAAUCACGGCACACAGAAUAAAGCAUAGUUGUCAUCCGUAAAGACUUAUGUUAACUUCUUGCGCAAUCGUUAACAUAUGUUGUAUUAAAAAUGAAAGCUUUUUUGGGUGCAAAGGAAUCUAUUGUGUGGAUACGAAUGUAUGUGUAAAACCAUGCAGUGAAAUAGAAUUAGAAGUCAACCAAGAUAAUAUAUAUUAUUGCAUAAAUAGUACAUACCUUUGUAGGGCUGUUCGUUUUGUGCUCACGUAAAGUACUUUGACAAUGACAUAGUGAGGGAGUGGUGCACAAGCCACCAAUAAUUUCAUUGGGCGUCGUAAUUUUGAGUUACUAGGAAUGAAUUCUGAUGCACUUUUGUAAUAAAAGACAAUAGGGGUUUCGAUAUACCUGAUGCAUGAUUGUCUUUCAACCUCUUGGACACAAGGGUCUUGGUGCAAUCCAAGCGUGGGAAAUGCGGGGAAUCCCCGGGAUUCCUUAGCCUCCACUGCUGUCAGAGCCUUGGUGACACUAAGGCUAUAACCUCGGAUGAUAACCAAAAUGUGAAGAGUUCGCAUGCAUG